GACAGGGUGGGGAUGAGGAUGCUAGGGAUCGGGUGAGAUGGAGGCAGAUGAUCCAAUGUGGAGACUUUGAAAAGGAGAAGCCAGAAAAAGAAAAAGAACACAUGAGGUUUUCAAUAUCGCUGCAUUUUACUGUUGUGGUCACACUGGAGCCAGGCUUGAGGAAAAAAAAUCAGACAAAUAAAGAAUGAUUAAAGGUUAAGAAUAAAUAAAAACAAGAGUAAAUAAAAACAUUUUGCAAGAAAUUAACCUCCAGUUUUCACCUAACUAUUUGGGAUAUUAUAAGAAUGUUUGAAAAAAACCCCAUAAGGGAAUUGUGGGGUUAAUUUACACCAUAAUAGAAUGAAGUUGCCAUUGUUGAACCAUGUAUGAAACACUUAUUUAGAAGAAUGAAGGUGCAGAAAAGUCAAAAUGUAAUACCCCUCUGAGGUCACGGGGUCUCAGGAGGAUACAUUUAUUUUUUAAACUCUAAUCUUUUGUCUCAGACAAAAAAAAAGUCUCAAGGAAUCAUUUAUUUAAGCUUUAAUAAUUCAUUAUGUCAUCAUGCUUUGUGUCGUUGUCCUCUAUAUUUGAUAGCUGCUUAAAUAAGUUGGUGCUUGUGACCUCUAAGUAUCACACAAACUCAGAAUCACUGUACUCCAUAGUGGCAGGUGACACAAAAUGUCGGUGAAACUCAUCCGAUAAUGUCUGAAAAUAUCUUCUUGACAUUUGAUUCUCUGAGCCCAGUGAAAUGGCCAAAGAUGUUCAGUAUCUGCUGUAAGCAGGGGGUAUUGGUCCUGAUUAGAAGUCAUGGGGUGUCACACAAAAGUGCCAGUAGCUUAUCUCUAGAAGUGGAAAAAUAAUUUCUCUGAAGCUGUAAUCCUCACUAUCAUGAUAGGUGCUAUAAAUAUUUAUGAGAAAUUAUGAUGACUAAUUUAUUAAAUCAUAAAUUCAUACAGCGUGUUAGUGUGCAGCCAACUUCAGUUAUAUCAUAGUUUGUCACCUAUCUAAAAUAAAUAAAAUACCAUAUUUUGAUUCUUUUUUAGUUAGUGCAAUCAGGAUUUUCACUGCUGAAUUCCUACAUUUCACCAUCACAGCAGCCGCCAAUAAAAGUAGGCUGGUGUGGAAUCAAGCGAUCCCUUGGGAAGAAAAACUGACAGGCAGACCAGAAUUCACUGUUAGUUCAGACUAACCCUGCUCUAGAAACUUGUUCUUUUAAGUGUAACUUGGGAAAUUAUUUAUCAGAAUACUAUGUGUCAUCCCUCAGUUGAUUUUUAUCGCGUGUGACCUGGCUGGCAGCAGUUAAUCAGGGAGUCAGUGAGCUGAAGGGUGCAAUAUGCUGGAUCUACAGAUAAGGAUCAUACGGCACAUCAAGCAGCCAAGGAGCAGCGAGGAGAACGUGUCCCCUCCAUCAUACACUUAUUUCAGCUUUACAGCCAUGUGACAGAUGACUUUAAGGGAUCAUGAUUUCAAAUAGCGGCUCUACGGGGAAAAAUCUUUUGAAAAGUCAAGAUUUUAAAAAUAGAUAUGUCAGGGAAUUGUUAGUCGUCUAAUUUAAUAAUCUAAAAAUGGAACAUGAGUUGUUAGAAGAUGUGUUAAGGAAGGAAGCGAUGUUGGACAACUUCAUAUUGGAACGCGUCCCACAGACGUAACUCCGUUGUGGUGGUUUUCUCUGCCUCUGCACUGACGGCUCUUUCGGAUACCAGCGUUACACAUCCUCGCAGAGAUGUUGUCUGCUUUUUGGUGUCAUCUUCUGCCAGCUAUAAAGCUUUACCUGCUUGGUUUAAAGGUGCUUUUGCUUCAACUGCUAAACGGACCUUUGAGGCUGCCAGUGAUGCCCAGACAAGAUGGCAACGUUGCCAUAGUGACAGGAGGAGGCAGGGGAAUUGGUUAUGAAGUAGCUCGCCACUUGGUCAGACUCGGGGCACAUGUUAUCAUAGGUGGGAGAGAUGAGCAGGAGGGUCUUGCAGCUGUCAGAAGGAUCUGUGAACACUACAAAGAGGCCAAAGUGGAGUUUAAGAAACUGGACUUGGCUUCAUUGCAGUCUGUACGUCAGUUCGCCCAGAGCUUCAGAGAACGGGACCUGCCGCUAAAUAUUUUGGUCAAUAAUGCGGGUGUUAUGCUGGUUCCUGAGGGGCGUACGGAGGAUGGAUUUGAGCAGCACUUCGGUGUGAACUACCUGGGACACUUCCUUUUGACCUGGCUACUCCUGGAUACACUGAAGGAUUCUGGGAAAUCGGGUCAUGUCUCUCGUGUGGUCAACGUCUCAUCCUCAGCUCACUGCAUCGGACAGAUCAGACUAAAUGACCUGAAUAGCCGCCAAUCUUACUCCUCACAUGCUGCUUACUGUCAGAGCAAGCUGGCCCAGGUGUUAUUCAGUUUCCACCUCCACCAAGAGAUGCAGAGUGGAGGUUUCCAAGUGAGUUCGUGUGCCGUGGAUCCCGGCAUGGUGGAUACCGCACUCUACCGCCACCUCUGGACACCCCUCCAUCUGGCACAAAGUGUCAUCGCUCGCCUGCUCUUCAGGACUCCUGAAGAGGGCGCUACCACUGUGCUCUCUGCUGCUCUGUCACCUGCUCUGGAGGGAGAUUGUGGAGGAGGUUACUGGGCCAAUGGGUGCAGGGAGAUGACAACACCGCUGACCUUUGAUCCCCAGCUGCAAGUGAGCCUAUGGGAAAUCAGCCUCCAGUUGCUGAACCUCCACUAGCAUGAGACAAGGAUGACCAACAGGACUAAACCCAUUUGACAACAUCAGAUAAAAAAGACCCUAUAUUCAGGGUGGCCAGCCAUUCUCUCCUCCCUUUUUUUUUCAUACUUCACAUCAGGGCGUUGCUAGCAAUUUGUUACAAGUGUCAUAAUCCAGUGCUGGACUGUGAUUGGUUGUUUAGAGAGCAAAGAUCUCUUUCUUUUAGGGUUUUUUUUUUUAGUUUUAUUUUUUAUUUUCUUUUUUCCAGACCUGCCAAAGAAGGGCUACAGGGGAUGGAAGAUGCUUUUUUUGCUUUUCACUGUGAGCAAGCGAAAAUAUUUGCACACACACAACCACACUUUAGGGGUGUAGCUAUAUGUCAUUUUGCUGUCAUGGAUAGCAGGGAGUUGCUGUUGGCGCCAUCUAGUCAGAUAUCAGUUAAUGGCACCCACCAAUGAUAUGAUGAGUUUGAUUCCCUGAUCGCGUAUCAGAGAAUCAGUCAUCUGCUAUGAUACAAACCUUACUUGGAUUUUUCAAUUAGUCCGGCCCACAAUAACUAAAUUCCUCUUGGAAGCUUUUUCACAUCAACAAAAAAUUCCAAUAAAGUAAUCCAAAAGCUUAAUUUUGGCAACAAAAUAACAUAUUGGUCAAACCCUAGCAUACGCGCACAUACAGUACACACACAUUUAUACACCAUGACAAUGAUCUGAUCUGAUCCUGCCUUGCUGUGGCAAGGGAAUGUGAUGUCAUCAGUUUGCGUUGACACAUCACUGCGAUUUCUCAGAUCGUAUUGCCAUCCGGCCUCUUUUACUGGGAGCACUUUGUUUUUAUUGGUUACUAUUGAAUCAUCAUGUUAACUGCUGGUUGUAGUUGCAUGAGUAGAUGUUUUUACAGACGUGAAUUUAGCUGAAAAGCUAAGAAUCCAUCAUCGUCUCCUCUUUCCUCUCUCCGGCGCGCAGUAACCCAACAAAAGAUGUUCCUUUUGACUGCUAGGGGGAUUUGGGAAGAGGUUUAAAGAAAGUGAGAUAUUUCAGAUAAAAGUAAGCCUAAAUUUGGAAUGAUUCCCCUUCGACCCAAGAGUGAUGAAACGUUUGGUUGAGUUGCUGUGAAUUUUUAUGCUGUUAUUUCUAAAGCGGAAUUUCCAGCUGUUUCUGGUUGUCUGCUCAAAAAAAAUGAGAAAAAAAAAAGGUUUGGGAACCGACCUCAAAUUCAUUUUGUCACCGUUUUCCUUUGUGAUCUGUGCUAAUCGCUUUUUUCUGUGUCUGUGAUACGUGUGCAUGUAUUAUGCACACAAGCUAAGAAUUAACUCAUGUAUAGACCCAAUUCAUGCUGAUGGAUAGCACAACAAUGGCUAACCCCGGAGGAACUGCAACGAGAAGGAAUGCGAGAGAGGGGAAAGCACAUUUUUUCAGCAUUCAAACUGUGAUUGGUUCCUCAUUGCUGCUGCUACUGCCUCUUCCUCAUUUGGCGCCGCUCCCAGUGCAUUGUGGGAUUGAGAUUUCCCAGUAGUGAGAAUCAAACUCCAUCUGCUGAGCUGACACACACACACACAGACACUCACUCAGAAACAUUGGAAGCAGUACAUCCAGGCAUAGGCUUAUCCAAACAAGCGCACAGCAAAUAAACACGUCUGUCUGUGAUGCAGGAACAUGCUCACACACUCUUACACACAUACAAAGACACACUUAAUGCCAUCUCCACUGUGAUUAACAUGUUUUAGCUGUGGGGAUGAAAAGUGUUAUCUCAAAUUAAUUAAGUUUUGGCUAAAAUCCUUAAUCACAAGUCAUCGCUGUAGUGUAUGUGUACGUUGUUGCUUUGAAUAAAGCCAGUUCGCAUCCAGCAUUCAUUAUGAUCUGCCGCAUGUGAAGCGAUAGUAUCACUGUGGUAGCUAAUUCAGCCAGUGGCACAGUGUCAGACAUGAAGAAUAGGAACAAAGUGUAACGGAAGAAAAUGCAUAAAGGAAAAAGGCAUCAGCUUUAAGGCACUCAUUGCUUAAAUGGUUACAUUUAAUGUGAUUCUCACUGUUUUGUCAAGCAGUUUAAGUAUUUGUCUCAAUUCAGAGACGAAAAAAUCGUCCUUCAGAGAAUUUGUAGGACAGACUGACCCGCUGCCGCCACCGCUAAAUCAGACGACAGUCUAAAUUUACAAGGGGAAAAAAUAAAGGCGUAUUUGCCCCAUCCUUGUCAUCUUAUAAAGUCAUUUUUGAUUUAUGUUAUUCAUAAGUGUAUUGGGCUUUUUGGUUCAUGUGAUAUAUCUACCAAUGAUGUGUCAACCCAAAUAUCUGCCUAAUAUCUUAUGAAUAUUUGAAUAUAUGAGUUGACAAAGAUUGCAAAAAUGCGCAGGAACCUGCACUUUGAAGGGAGGCAUUAUGCUAAAAAACCCUCUUUAAGAUUCCCAGGACUUUGCGAGGAUUCACAAUCUCGUGGCAGUCGGCCCUAUGAGCAUCACAAAUACUGACGGUAUAAUACUGAAGCCGUUACAUUUGGAAUUUAUUAGUUUUGACUGAUACAUUUGGCUGAGAUGAGAAAGCCAUCUGUAUUCAUCUGGCUUCCAGGUAUUCAGUAUCUAUUAUUAUCUGGUGCCAAGUCAAAUACGCUGAAUUGUGGGAGAAAAAUUUUGAGGGGAUGAAAAAAUGACAGAUAAAAUAAAAGGAACACCUCCCGGUCGUAGUUAUUAUAACUAUCAGGGUGUGACACGGACUCUGAUAUGAUGUGAAGGCACCAUAACUCCAAGACAACUCAUCAAAGUUUACAUCCCAUAAGAGAGGCUUAUUCUGAUUAGAAAUUAAAAUAUAAUUUUAAAGCAAACAUCAAAGUUUUUUUUUUU